AGGAACAUGUCAGUCUUUGCUUCCAACUUGUUGAUUUGUUGAAAGUCAACGUCAUCGGCGUGUAUUUAAACCUCUUCCUCCCAUGUCUGAUAUUUACAUACGGCAGCCCGCAUUUCCACUGGUUUGGUUUUAUUUUGGGGGGGGAGGGGGGUGCCUUGCUCACUUCCAAGAGCCGAGAUGGCUCUGCCGGACAGUCCUUGCGAUCUCCCCAACGGAGAGACUGCUUUCCCGGCCGUGGUGGAGCUGAAUGUGGGUGGGCAGGUGUAUGUGACCCGGCACCGCACUUUGGUAGCGGUGCCCGACUCUUUGCUGUGGGACAUGUUCAGCCGCAGAAAGCCCAAAGAUUUGCCCAAGGACAGUAAGGGUCGCUUCUUCCUGGAUAGGGACGGCUUCCUAUUCCGUUACAUCCUGGACUACAUGAGGGACCUCAAGUUGAUUCUGCCCGAUUAUUUCCCCGAGAGAUGCAGGCUGCAGAGGGAAGCGGAGUACUUCCAGCUCCGGGAGCUAGUGGGCCAGCUGAGCGCUAAGGAUGGCAAGGCGGGCGAGCGCUGGAGGAGCGACCAGGAGGAAGGGGACAGAGAUGCGGACAAGCCCAGCCCGGCCACACCGUCGCUCCCGCUGGCCUCCAGCGCUUCUCCGUCCUCGGACGGCACCCAAGCCAGGAGAUCGGGUUACAUUACCGUGGGCUACCGGGGCUCAUACACCAUCGGCCGGGACUGCCAAGCCGACGCCAAGUUCAGGAGGGUGGCGAGGAUUACCGUGUGCGGCAAAACCUCUCUGGCCAAGGAAGUGUUCGGGGAGAACCUGAACGAGAGCCGGGACCCCGACCGCCCGCCCGAGAGGUACACGUCCCGCUACUACCUGAAGUUCAACUUCCUGGAGCAGUCGUUUGACUUGUUGGCCGAGGCUGGGUUCCGUAUGCUGGCUUGUAGCUCCACCGGGACCUGCGCCUACGCCAGCGACCAGGGAGAGGACAAGAUCUGGACCAGUUACACCGAGUAUGUCUUCUGCAGAGAGUGAAUGCACCCAGGAGUGCGCCGGGGCUGCCUGGCCGUCCGAUUAAACAAAACUGCCCCAUUGCCAUGUUGCCUACCUAUACUGUUCGAAUGAUCUGGAGAGUGUUCGACUGCCCGACAGAAUGGAUCUCGUACGGGUGGGUGUGUGUGUGUUCGUGCGAGAGAGACUGAGAGUACUGUGUUAGAACAGUUUAGCAAGGCGCGGGCAAGCCCCCAAGACCAUAGAGACAUCCAAACGUAGCGUCUACGACCACAGCCGCGAUAAAGCGUUGCUACUGGGAACUAUGGUUCAAAUAUGUUAUUUUAAUGAUCCCGAUAUGAAGCUAUCAACCUCACCGAGCGUCGUCAUUCGAUCAUUUCCCUCCCACCGGCACUCAAGGUUCAACACAUGAACAACUGUCUGGCGUUCAGCUCUCUCUUCUGGUUCACCAGUCUCACCAACUUCCCCACUUGACGCGCCUGCAGAGUACUUUCAUUGUGUGCAGGAGAAAGCGGUAAUUUUGGUGUUCAAGGGGUAGGGGCUGCAGAUUUUAUAGGCUUGCAGUGUAGUACUCGGCUUAAACCCCAAACCCGGUGUCAAAUCUAACCAGGCGGAUCGCAGAACGUAUUAUACUGUUUAUUCCUUGCGACCAAAUCGUUGACAUUUGAUUUGAUAGUUUGCAGUGUGUAUUAUCACUUGAGUCUGGAUGACUCACUUUUUGCUUGCCAUUUUGAAGACAGUGUGGGCGUAGCUUUAACAUAUACAUCCAGGACAAUAACUCUCAAAAAUUGUAUGAUUUUUAAAAUAAUUUGAUCUUGUGAUAGUGGCGAUUCACUUCACAGCAGUUACUUCUAAUUAUAUGAUGUGGAAUUUAAGUCAAUUUUAGUAAUAAUGAAAAUGGUUUCCAUAUGUCGAACAGGAAGUUUGUCUUCCUCAUUUAUUGUUUGCCGCACAUGAACCAUGUUAAAUAAGGACUCGGUAUUUCACAUUGAGAAUGAGAUAAUCUCUUCAGGCAGCGGGGGACAGGCAGCGUCUCUAGAGAGAAGGAAUGGGUGACAUUUCGGGUCGAGACCCAAGAAGGGUCGCCCAUUCAUUCUCUCCAGAGAUGCUGCCUGUCCCGCUGAGUAACUCCAGCAUUUUGUGUCCACCGAUUUAAACCAGCAUCUGCAGGGUAAAAAAGCAGGAAAUAGCCUCCAAAAUGCAGUCGGGGAAAUAGCAAAGGAGAAAGAUGGGAGUGAGAAGGGGGAAAGCAAGGGAAUCUUAAAGUUAAACAGUACUAACAGAAAAAGGAUACAAAUAUGAAAAGAUAAAAACUCACGGGGUUUAGAAAAUAAAUGCAGAACUUAGCAACGGGUUUCUGAAAUUGUAUUAUGUAAUUACAGUUCCUUGAUUAGACACUUCAGUCUGAAGAAGGGUCUCGACCCGAAACGUCACCCAUUCCUUCACUCCAUAGAUGAGUUUCUCUAUCUUUUUGUCUACUUUUCUUAAUUAUAGUAGAUGACGUGAAUUACAUUUAGGUUCAAGAUCAAUGUCGGGUUCCUUCUUUCCUGAACAGUUUUUCUCUAGCGAUUUUCUUUCUUCUCUCCUCCACUGAUGGUGUUGACUCCCGUUGGGUUACAGUUCAGUGUUCAACCCCAUGUAAGGUAUGUGUGACUUGGCAGUCACUGUCAGCAGUCAAAUCAGUCAGUGGUGUUACCAAGAGGUCUAGCAGAGACAUAACUGCAUAAUAUAUUGUCCUGAACGCUGCACUCAUUUUGAAGUUCAUCAUCGUUGGAGAAUUUCUUUAAGGAAAUUCUAGUGCCCCUAGUUGACAUAACAUGUCCAAGUUACAACUUAGAGCUUGUAAGACACGAUGCUGGUGAGAUUUAAACCAAAUGUCAUGGUAAGCCAUACAAUUCAUAUUCACUUAUUUUUCACAAUUAUGUUCCACAUUUUAGCCAACAAUCAACUCAAUUUUUGAGUUUUGGGUGCAAUCAACUCAAUUUUCUUUUCAAUUUCAACAAUCAAAAUAUAUUUCACUCCCAAUAAGAACAUUUGAAAGUAUGGUACACAACAUAUGAAGAAUAGCUUCUGUUAAUGUUUGUAUUAACAUUGAAGAAAGAUCUUUCAGUUUGGUAACUAUUAGGUUCUGAUCAAUGACAUUUAAAGAAACAAUGACCUGCUUCAAGAAUAACAAAUAAAUCAAAUGGCUCAUUACAAAAUACAUUAUUGUCUAUGAUUUUAAGAUAGGGUGGAACAAUGUGGAUUGAAUCACGCAUCACCUUUACCCACACAGAGAGAUCCAUAUGUUAGUUACUUUACAUUGGAGGCUACCAAGCAAAGGUCCAUAGAGAAAUAUGGACAAAGGUAUUCUCAGGCAACAUGGCAUUGAUCAAGGAUGAGGAGCUAGCUUUCACUUCUUCACAGAACUAUAUACAAAGACUGUGAGACUAAGCGGAAGGAUUAAAAUAUUUUCAUUCUGGAAAUAUAAGUACACAAACAAAGGCAUGAUGAAGAAAUUAGUUCAGCAUUGGAAAAUGUUGUCUAACUUCUUGCUAGAACCAUUUCUGAUAGUUUCAAAUGUUAUCAUCCAAUUUGGACAAUUACAUUUUAAAACUUGUGCAAAAUAACUUAAAACACAAACACAUUUACCAUUCUGCUGUCACCUUUGACUCUUGACUAACCUAUAUGUCUUUUAGGAGAGAAUACCAGUAGCAAAGCAUCUUUAAGACAGCUGUUGGACAUUUCCUAUCCUAUUCUCACAGCUGCUGUACAAGCAGACAGAGGGAGCUUUUCACUUACAAAGUAGCUAGGGAAUGAGUCCGGUCAGAUAAAUUGUAUAUUCAGCUGUUCUGAGCUUAUUUGUAAGCAGAUUUGUUUGUAAUGAUGUAUGUUCACAAACUGACAAAACAUAAAGUAAUUGCUGAAGUCCAGUCAGGCAGAUGGAACACUGAUCAAACAAUGUGGUGAAUCGGUAGAGUGAUGGUUUUAUUUCAAGCUGUGUUUGUGGACUAUUUAAAAUGGUGUGUUCCACAUCUGGGUGUAAUUGGGAACUUUGUUGUGAAACAGAGGGCUCCAUGUCACCAGAGGAAAAUGAUAACAGUUGAUUAAACAGCAGCCCUAUUCUUUUGGACGAUACAAAGAAGAACACAUUUUGUAAUUUCUCAGUGAUAUAAUAAGGAACAAGGACCAUAUAACUGAGCCUAAAUCAACAAUGCACUGAAUCUUUAAUUGGAUAAUUAAAUAAUGUUGCUUAAAUUAAAUUUCUCUGCCUGGACUCGGUUAUCAUCUUCAUUUUAAGUAAUUGCACCAUGUUAAGUGUUAGUUGUGGCUCAGUUGAUGUUUGCAUCAAGGAAGUUAUGGGCUUAUAUUCCACUCCAGUGCCCAAAAAUCCAUCUUACUUCUUUAGUGCUGCACUAAAGGAACACUACAUCAUUAUAGGUGUCAUCUCCUAGAUGCAAUUGUCAACCUGCUACUCUCUGCGGUGAAUGUAAAAUGUUCCACAUACUAUUUUGAAGAAAAGCAGGGGAAUUGUUGGCCAAUAGGUAUUCCUCAAUCAGUCUACAUAAAACUAGAUUAUCUGGUCAUUAACAUUUUGCUGUUGGUAAGAUAGAGCUACGCACAAAUUAGUGGUGAUACAUUCUUCAUUACAAUAGUAACUACAAUUCAGAAAAGUACUUCAUUAACUGUAAAGCAAUUUGGGGAAUCCAGAAAAUACAAAAGCAACUAUAUAAAUGCAAGUCUCUUUCUUCAUCGCCUUUGUGGUAGAAAAUUAAACAGAUGUGCUAUUGUGUAAAAUCUAAUGAACCUUACAUGGCCAAUUACUACAUGGCAAAUAUGUUUCCAGCUAAUUUAGUCCAUUCAUUGAAUGACAAUUGUCUCAUGAUGCCCAAGAUAAUUUUGAAAAAAACCAUUUGUACUACCUAAAAGAAGAAUGUUUUAUUUAAUAGAACAUUCUAUUUUAAUUAGAGGAUUUAAAUCGUGGGAGGCAAAUGAAGGGAACACAAUAUAGGCACCACAAAUAUUUCAUAACAAAAUAUAGAAUCUCACUAUUAUCUCAGAACUGUUUUGGUGUUAAUGCAUUAUUAAUAAGAUGAAGAAUGUGUAUCUUUUAAAGUUACUGAUUAAAUAAUUUCACCAAACAAGAAUGAAGAGUUAAACCCAAAAAUCCACUUCAAAGAUUAGGAUUAGAAGCAUAAAUUAAAAUUAAUUACAAGUCGAGUAUGAGAAAAAAUAAACUUCUGUAUUCAAGGACUGAGCAACAGUUGAAAGAAUCCAGCAAAAUGGAAAAUAGGCCAUUUCCAUGAGAUAGCAUCUGCCAUGCCAGUUUAUUGCUUAAGAGAUGAAAAUUAAAGUAAUAUUCAGGUCCAAACCUUUCAAAAUGUAGGCGCAUUGAUGUACACACGAUUGAACUGUAUUUUUUGUUUUAUUAAACACUUUUAAAACAAUGCGAUGUUGUAAUGACAAGUUUUUGUACAAAAAAAAAUGUGUCUGCUUAGCCAUUUCCUGGUGAUUGCAAAUUGUGUUUUUUGUCACACAAUGAAUUUAAUUAAACACUGCAUUUCAACAUGGUCAA